AAACCAAAGUCACAAGCGCAGCUUCAUCCCCAUCGACAUAACCUCUCUUUGAAAGCUUCUCUCCAGCAGUCUCUAAACCCUAAUUCAAAGAUGAGACCUCCUCUAACUGGUGGACGUGGUGGUGGUGGUGGCUUUAGCGGCGGACGUGGUGGCGGUGGGUUUAGUGGUGGACGUUCAGGAGGAAGAGGUAGGUCAGGAGGAAGAGGUUUCGGUGACCGUGGCGGUGGUCGCAGCAGCGGUAGAGGCAUGAGAGGUAGAGGAGAUCGUGGUCGCAACGGUAGAGGAGCACCAGGACGUGGUGGAAUGAAGGGAGGUAGCAAGGUGAUUGUGGAGCCACACAGACACCCAGGAGUGUUCAUUGCAAAGGGUAAGGAGGAUGCUCUCGUCACUAAGAACUUGGUUCCUGGUGAGGCUGUUUACAACGAGAAGAGAAUCUCUGUUCAGAAUGAAGAUGGGACCAAGACUGAGUACAGGGUGUGGAAUCCUUUCCGUUCUAAGUUGGCUGCUGCUAUUCUCGGUGGUGUUGAUAACAUUUACAUCAAACCUGGUGCUAAAGUUCUAUACCUUGGUGCUGCUUCUGGAACAACAGUCUCUCACGUGUCUGACAUUGUUGGACCUGAAGGUUGUGUUUACGCUGUUGAGUUCUCUCACCGAAGUGGUAGAGAUUUGGUGAACAUGGCGAAGAAGAGAACUAAUAUCAUUCCAAUCAUUGAGGAUGCUAGACACCCUGCUAAAUACAGAAUGCUUGUCGGCAUGGUUGAUGUUGUCUUCGCUGAUGUUGCUCAGCCUGAUCAGGCUAGGAUCGUGGCUUUGAACUCAAGCUUCUUCCUCAAAACAGGAGGUCACUUUAUUAUCUCAAUCAAGGCAAACUGUAUUGACUCAACGGUUCCGGCAGAAGCAGUGUUUCAGAGUGAAGUGAAGAAGCUGCAACAGGAGCAGUUCAAGCCAGCAGAGCAAGUGACGCUUGAGCCAUUUGAGCGUGAUCAUGCCUGUGUCGUCGGUACAUACCGUGCGCCUAAGAAGACCAAGGUUGCUGCUUAGAAAUUCCUUCCUUGUGUUGGGAUUUUGUUCUUCGGAUUUUUCUUUAGGUUUUUUUACCCAGUGUUGCGUUUGUAAUCGUUUUGAACCUGAAUAGGCUUUUCUAUGUGUUUAUUUGAGACUUAAAACUCACCUAUUUAACCAUGUUUUGCUUUUUGAUAAGUUUAUAGUAUUUCGUUAAGACAUA